UACCGUUGAGCGUCGCUGUUCGGAUGCCGGAGCCGACGCGGCUCGUAUCGUCCUUGGAGAUGAAACCCACGGAUCUGAAGGUGCGCCUGCCGAAGCUCACGGACAGCUCGGGCGGCCCGUCGUUGUCGGAGAACGUGCGCAGCUUCUUUCAGACGUGUCAGUUCUUUGACGUCUGUCUGGUGGUGAAGGACGUGCGCUUUCCGGUGCAUCAAGCAGUCCUGGCAUCUCUGAGUGAAGGCAUGCAACGCUUUCUGAGGGAGGCCCUGGCUGUGUUGCCGCGCCCGGAAGUGAUGUGCUGCGCCGUGGAGGAGUUGCCAAGUAUCCAGUUGGGCAUCUCCCACCCAAAGGCAGUUCUGGUCCUUCUGGACUUCGCAUACCAAUUGGGUGGUGCCUUCGAAUUGGACAUCGAGGAGCUGCGCGACGUCCUGAAGCUGGCGCAGAUCUUUGAGCUGCCGAUGCUGCAAGAGCGGCUGGUGGAGCCAAUGGCGCAGCAAGUGACCCACGCCAGUAUCAUGGAGAUUUUGGCCAUCUCGGUCCAGUUUGAUCUGAUGGGGCUUUACAAUCACGCCUUUAAGAUCCUGGUUUUGAGUGGUUACUUGAAGGAGAUGGCCAAAAGCAAUUCGAUGUUGCAGUAUCCUGAGCUGAUGCAACAUAUGUUGCUCCACUUUGCUGCGACUUCACAUGCGAAGUGAGCCAAAUUUGACCUUUCCGGGGUCAGCUGGAGCGGAGUACCGUCAUCAGGAGAGAGCGGAGGUGUUUUC